AUGCUUGUAUCUCAAUUUCGAGGAAGCCAAUCGGCAGUUGCCCAACUGGCGUCGAGAGCUGACGAUUUGGGAGCACCUCAUUUGCCAUUGAAUGGAAUGUUGUCUUCCUCACCCACCAACCGUGCAUACCGACUGAUCGGCUAUCGUCAACUACCAGACAAGAUGGAAGAAGUCGCCUCGGCUGUGCAUAACCAAGAGUCUGGAGACCCCGAAGAAACCAGGGUGAAUUCAACGGCAAUAUUGACUGUGUUGGGAAUUGGAAUGCUCGCUGUUAGUGUCAUUACUGGCAAACGCGCAGCUGGUCCAUCCGACCCCCCGCAACCCGUGCUGAGCCACUUAAGAUUUCCCUGUGUGUACCGAGGCUACUAUGACCCCACAGAAGAAGAUGUUGACGUUGGCUGGGCCUGGUACUGGGCUACGGGGGUGCCUCUUCUCUACGCUAACUCCGUAGCCGCAACGGGCAGCCCACGCAAUCGACAGCCUCCCGGGGCCACCGUCCACGUCUCCCGAGUCAACGAGGCUUGGUACGGUGAUGGCGAUAUGAGUUGAGCCCCACAGUUUGUACUCAUGCGACGAACUGCCAUCAUGGCUAUGGCACUGACGC